ACCGCGGCGCCGAAGGCGACUGGUGGGCUGCUAGCAGGGGUAAAGAGGACAGGUGACAAAUGGACGGGAAAGAGAUGUAAAAAAUACGGCAUGGCAGGGACAACACGAAAAAGAAGAACGCGAAGAAAAGGAAGGCACCGAAGAGUGGAAAUUGAAAACGAAAAAAGGAAGACAUGAAAGAACAAAGAGAAGAAAAAGUAAGAAGAAAAGGAAAAAGAGAAAACAAAAAAGGGAUAAGUGUAGGUGGGAGCGUGCGCGGCGGCGGAGCAGCACACGGUGUCGCUGCAGGCUCAGAAACGGCGGCCGAGCGGCUCGGCGGCUCCGCCCCGGUGCGGCGGAGAACCCGGCUGUGAGCGCGGGGGGGCGGCGCGGGGCGGGCAGGAGAGCCGGUGAGUCCGGGCGGCGGCGGGGAGCCGGGCGGGGCCCGGGAGGGUGGCGGCGGCGACAGCAGCAGCGAUGUGCGUGUGGUGGUGGCCCGUGUUGCGGGUGCUGGUGCUGCAGGCGGCCUGGGCGCUGGUCGGCGGGCAGGUGCGGUACUCGGUGCCGGAGGAAGCCAAGGCCGGGACGGUGGUGGGGCGUCUGGCGCAGGACCUGGGCCUGGAGGCGGGCGAGGCGGAGGCGCGGCGGCUGCGGCUGGUGUCGCAGGGCCGGCGGGCGAGCGUGGAGGUGAGCGGGGCGAGCGGGGCGCUGGUGGUGAGCUCGCGGCUGGACCGGGAGGAGCUGUGCGGGAAGAGCUCGCCGUGCGCCCUGCGCCUGGAGGUGCUAGUGGAGCGGCCGCUGCGCGUGUUCCACGUGGAGCUGGAGGUCACGGACAUCAACGACAACGCCCCGCUCUUCCCCGCCGCCCAGAAAAACCUCACUUUACCGGAGAACUCACCUCCUGGGUCUCGGUUCCCUUUGGAGGGCGCGUCGGAUACAGAUAUAGGAGCUAAUGCACAGCUCUCUUACAUACUCAGCCCCUCUGAGAAUUUCGGAUUAGAAGUGAAAUCCAAAGACGAAAACAAAAUCUCCGUAGUCCUUGUAUUAACCAAACCGCUGGACCGCGAGACGCUGCCUGUGCACCGGUUGGUGCUGACGGCGAGUGACGGGGGCCGGCCGACUCUGACGGGCACGGUGGAGCUGGUGAUCUCGGUGCUGGAUGCGAACGACAACGCUCCGGAGUUCAAUCAGUCGGUGUACAAAGUGCAACUGCCAGAGAGCACUGCCCCUGGAACAGUGUUUUUCCAGCUAACAGCAACAGACAAUGAUGAGGGAAUUAAUCGGGAGAUAUCUUAUUCGUUUAGUGAUACGAUUUCUGUCAAAAUUCAGGAUCUUUUCAUAAUUGACAGAAAAUCCGGGGAGAUACGGACUGCCGGUAAACUGGAUUUUGAGGACGUUCAGUCGUAUGAUCUGGAGAUCGAAGCGAGAGACAAAGGGUGGCCCCCGCUGUCGGGUCACUGCAGCGUGGAGCUGGAGGUGCUGGACGUGAACGACAACGCGCCGGAGGUGUGGGUGACGUCGCUGUCGGUGCCGGUGCCAGAGGACGCGUCGGUGGGGACGGUGGUGGCGCUGCUGAGCGUGUCGGACCGGGACUCGGGGGCGAACGGUCGUGUGCGCUGCGCGGUGUGGCCGGCGGCGCCGUUCGGGCUGGUGUCGACGUUCGCGGGGUCGUACUCGCUGGUGCUGCGGGAGGCGCUGGACCGGGAGCGGGUUUCGGAGUACGAGGUGGAGGUGCGGGCGGAGGACGGCGGGUCGCCGUCGCUGCGCGGCCGUCGCGGAGUGCGGGUGCAGGUGUCGGACGUGAACGACAACGCGCCGGCGUUCGCGCAGGCCGUGUACACGGUGCUGGCGCGGGAGAACAACGCGGCGGGCGCGGAGCUGGCGCGUCUGUGGGCGCGGGACCCGGACGAGGCGGACAACGGGCGCGUGCGGUACUCGGUGUGGGAGGGCGUCGUGGGCGGUGUCGCGUCGGCGGGCGGGGGGUGGCGUCCGGCGUCGAGCUACGUGUCGGUGGACGCGGAGAGCGGGCGUCUGUGGGCGCUGCAGCCGUUGGACUACGAGGAGGUGCAGGUGCUGCAGUUCGAGGUGCGGGCGGUGGACGCGGGGGAGCCGCCGCUGUGCGGCAACGCCACGGUGCAGCUGUUCGUGGUGGACGAGAACGACAACGCGCCGGCGCUGCUGCCGGUUGGAAGCGGCGGGCCGGUGCCCGGGGUGUCGGGCGAGGCAGCGUCGGGGGCGCUGUGGGCGUGGGCGUCGUGGGGGGCGCCGGCGGGGCAGGUGGUGGCGAAGAUCCGCGCGGUGGACGCGGACUCGGGCUACAACGCGUGGCUGCGCUACGAGCUGUGGGAGCCGCGGGGGAAGGGCCCGUUCCGCGUGGGGCUGUACAGCGGCGAGGUGAGCACGGCGCGGGCGCUGGAGGAGGCGGACGGCCCACGGCAGAGACUGGUGAUCGUGGUGCGGGACCACGGGGAGCCGGCGCGCUCGGCCACGGCCACGCUCAGCGUGUCGCUCGUGGAGGGCGCCGAGGCGGCGCUGGCGGCCGCGGGCUCGUCGUCGUCAUCCGGAGCGGGGCUGCGUCCAUCAGAGCGUGGUGCGGCAGCGACAGGAGCGGCGGCGACGACGAACGUGUGGCUGGUGGUGGCCAUCUGUGCGGUGUCGAGCCUGUUCCUGCUGGCGGUGGUGCUGUACGGGGCGUCGCGGUGGGCGCCGCGGGCGGGCGUGCUGUCGGGGCCCGGGCCGGCGACGCUGGUGUGCGCCAGCGAAGUGGGGAGCUGGUCGUACUCGCAGCGCCAGAGCCGGAGCCUGUGCGUGGCGGACGGCGCGGGCAAGAGCGACCUGAUGGUUUUCAGCCCCAACUUCCCGCCGCCUCCCGGCCCCGCGGCGAAGGAGAUGCAGCCAGAGCCGCCCGCUCUCCUGGACACGGUCAGUGGCUAUUCCUGCCUCUCACUCCUUCCUUGACUCCCUGUUACCCUUCUAUCCCUUUUUCCCUCUCUCCCCCAUAUCCCUCUCUCCCACUCCAUGGGCAGCCUUUGGUGUGAGCCGUCCUAAGCCUCUGGGCCUCGUGGGCAGUGGGCACUUGGUGGGAUGUGAAUGGGACGUUUUCAGCUGCCUUGGCAUUCAUACCGGAGCCUCUCGGCUUUUGCUUUCUUGGGAGAACUUGCCUCUUGCCUCUAAUCAGCUUGCUUUCUUUUUCUUAAUCUGGAAUUCUGUUGGUCAGACUUCCCAUAUUUGGAUCAUGCUGCCAGCAAUCUCUGAAGCUCUCCUCGGUCAUCUCUCUGCUCAUGUGUCUUAUUAGAGAGGGGAAGACAUACUCUACAUAUGGUGGCAAACCUUGUGUUUCAAUAUAGUGGGAUGGGAUCCUUUGGUUUUAUUCUCUCCUCUUACCAAAAACUCCCACUCUCUUGUUUUUUUUCUUCUCUCACAUUGGCAAUGCUUUGGUAACAGUGGAUGAAAUGCAGAGGGCAGAACUUUGGCAGCUCUGAAGUUGCAGAGAAUCGGAUGUUUGGCCAUCAGUAUGGGAGAUUAUUUUUUUCCAAUAUACCAAGCGGAGGUUGACAUUGCAAAAAUAUAAUUAACCCUCAGAUUUUCUACUUGCUUCCCCUGUCACAGAACAUGUAAGGGAGCAUGAUGCACUGUAGGAUCAUUUCAGAUCUUUUGGAGAAUAUGAGUACUUUUUUUCUGUCCAAUUUCCCCAGAAGAUGCUGGUAACAUUAAUGGAAAGUGUUCCUUGAAGCCACUCUUGUUCUGAAAGGUUUCUUUUCUUAACAAACAACCAGUAAUGCAACAGGUAAGUCACUCAUAUCUGAAGAGGCUGUGUUUGAGAGACAGGUGUACUUUUGUUCCUGUUUAGUUGAGGUGUUGUUAUGUUGGAUUGACCAAAUGUUGACUAUAUUGGACCAGGAAAGCACCACUGCCUGCUCCUGUUCCUGUCCUGCCACUUCCAGGCACAGCAAUGAACUGGGGGCAGCAAACAUAGAGAAAGCACUCUAAUGGUUUUCCUGGAGUGGAUGUGUUCGGUGUCCAGGGAAGCACAGAAUUAUAGGACAGUUUGGCUUGGAAGGGACCUUUAAAGGCCAUCUAGUCCAACCUCUGCCAUGAGCAGGGACGUCUUCAAUCAGAUCAGGUUGCUCAGAGCCCCGUCCAGCCUGGCCCUGAAUGUCUCCAGGGAUGGGGUAUCCACCAUCUCUCUGGGCAACCUGGGUAAGUGUUCCAUCACCCUCAUGAUAAGGAAUGUCUUCCUUAUAUCUAGUUUACUUUCCUAUUAAUUUAGAACCAUCACCCCUUGUCCCAGCCCAGGUACAGGACCUUGCACUUGGCCCUGUUGAACCUCAGGAAUUCUGCAUGGGCCCACUUCUGGAGCUUGUCCAGGUCUCUCUGAAUGGCAUUCUGUCCCUCAGGCAUAUCACCUGCACCACUCAGCUUGGUGCUAUCUGCAAAUUUGCUGAAGGUGCACUCAAUCCUACUAUGUCAUUAAUGAAGACAUUAAACAAUACUGGGCCCCAGACGGACCUCUGAGGGACACCACUCAUCACUGAUCUCCAUUUGAAUGUUGAGCCAUUGACCACUACUGUCUGGAUGCGAUGAUCCAGCCAUUUCUCCAUCCAUCAAAUCUGUAUCUCUCCAAUGUAGAAAGAUGUGGGAGGGAAGGAUGUUGUAGGGGGACCAUUUCAAAGGCCUUACAGAAGUCCAGACUGAUGACAGCUCUUCCCUUGUCCACUGAUGUAGUCACUCUGUCAUAGAAAUCCACUAGUUUGGUCAGGCAGGACUUGCCCUUUUGAAGCCCUGCUGGCUGCCUUAAUCACCUCCCUGUCUUCCAUGUGCCUCAGCACAGCUUCUAGGAGGAUCUGUUGCACGGUCCUCCCAUGCACAGAGGUGAGGCUGAGAGGUUGGUAGUUUCCAGGAUCCUCCUUUCUACCCUUUUUAAAAAUGGGUGAAAUGUUUCCCUUUUUCCCGUCACCAGGGACUUCACCUGACUGACAUGACUUUUGAAAAAUCAUUGAGAGUGGUUUGGAAACUACAUCAGCCGAUUCCAUCAGUACAAUGGGAGUACUCUUAAUGAAAAUGCUGUAGUGUUACCUUUGUGGCUUUUGUUUAGCUGUGUGAUGGGUGGCUCAUGUUAAAGAAGGAGAGAUAUUCCAUGGGAAUUAAUGCCCAUGGAUACAGCAGUUCUUGCUAUGUUGUUGCGGCAGUGCAUGCUUGCCUGAAAGGAAAAGCAAGAGCUUGCCAUUCAGUGUGCAGGUGGACAAUGAGGCAGAAAGAAAGGCUCUUCUUCGAGGUAUGGGAAGACCCAGAAAUGUUCAGUUGGAGAAAAAAAAUCCUAAACACCUGAAUAAAACCAACAACAAAACAAAUUGUCCUACACGGUUGAUACCAUCCAUUCCAGUGCUGUGCUCAUAACUUUUUAGCUGUUAUCCUACAGAAUGAUAUUGGUACCCUUGCCAUUUAGAUCUGUCCUGACUUCACCUGUAGAAAGAGUAUCGCUUCCUGGUGCAUAAAAUUUCCCUCUGAGAUAGCUGAAGCAUUGCAAACCAUGAAGGGUCUCUCUGCAGAGUCUGGAGGACACUGUCUCUAUGAUACUGUCUGUGUUUUUCUAUAGUGCUCUUAGCGAUGGGAAGGGUCUACAAAAGCCAGUGUGAGUGCUGAGGCGAGAAAGGAAACUGUGUUAUGUCAUGGAGAUGAAUGUGGCAGUGGCACUGGGUUGCACCAGGUCCUCUGCUAAUGUGCAGGGUGACCUUGAGCAGUGGGAAGACUUGUCUGCAGGAACUGAAAAUCCUUGGGAAGAUCACAAGCUAUGUCAUUAGACAAGAAUUCUUAAGAAUGCAUGUCCCAGAGUGGGGAAUGGAGGAUGCCUAGAGGAGAGCAUGAGGUAGGAUGGGCAUGGAGUGUUCUUGCCCAGGAUCCUUUCCCAUGCUCCAAGGGUCUGGAGCUGGAGUCCUUCUGGAUCUUGACAUACUGCAUGUUAUUUAAAUGCCCACAAUUUCCUUUGAGGUUAUGAAUGUCUCCCACCAGACACAGUCCCUUGUGCUGCUGUUUGCCUGAUGUAGAAAAUGUGUUGGUAAGAGGAGAUUGGAUGGAGACUGACGAAUGUUGUCUGAUGAAUCACUUGUUUUGGGAAAGGUAUUGUGGGAGGGUAGUGCUUUAACUUGCUGUACUUGGGUAGUGGUGGGCAUCUGUAGUGUCUUCUACAUCCAUUGAUGUUGCCAUGAUGAUUCCUUGCUCCUUCUCAUGCAGGAUUUGUAGAAGAUGUAGUUAAGUGCGUUGCGAUCUUUGUACUCUCAACUUCCUCUACUUGUGCACUUGCACGGUUGGCCUCAGUAGAGAUGGUGUGUCGUGUUGUCACAUGUAGCUCAUUCUGCUAUAUGCACUUACCUGCCAAACCCUACACAGCAUCACAGCUCUGGUUUCUGUGGUAGAAAUUCCCCAACCCAGCUGAUAUUGUGAGUGUGCUUGCACUUUGGCAUUGGGUUUGGUUCUCUUGAAGAAAAAAAGCUGUGUGGACUGGGACCAAAGCUGUCACAGCUGUAAUCACAGAAUCUUACAGAACUCUAAUGUGCAGCUCUGUGAUGUUUCCACCUGACAUUGCUGAAAAUGGGCAAAGCAUACAUGGUGAAGUUCACACAGCUGGGAAGAACCUGCCAGAUUCUGUGUGGCUUUUCAGCUUUCAGUAUUCUCUUCGUACCAACUGUGAGGGCAGGUGAGGAUGUGCGAAGGCCUGGGGCACACAUGGAGAGGGUUUUAGCGCUGGGCAUGUUGGGGUUGAGAAAUUUCUGAGUAUUUUGUCAGUGAUCCUGUGAGUGGCACCAUGUUUGGCCUGGCCCUGUGUCAUGGGGAGAGUGAUGUUGAGUGGCAAAGAGUGUUGCCUGAGGGAAAUGGAGAUGCUGGGUAGAACAUGGUCUGUGCCAUUGGGGAAGAACUGGAGAAUGUCUCCUUAGCUGAUAGAGUUGCAGCACAAAGGGCUGUAUUCCUGGGAUCCUCUCACGAUGUCCAGACAUUUGAUAUAUUCUCCUUUCCUGAUGUUCUCCCAUGUACUACUGCUUUUGAAGGUAACUGCCAGAUAUGCCUCAAAUGACUUCUUUUUGAUGUGGAAUGUUGUUGGCCAAACAGAAGCUUUUUGAUAUUUGUAUCAUUCUGCCAGCCUUCUCUGAACAUCUCCUCAGUCAUGUCUCUGGUCUUAGUCUCGCUAGGGAGAUGACAAAGUGGUCUCUGUAUGCAAGAUAGUGGCAAACCUGGAGUUUCAGUACAGUGGAAUGGGUUCCUUUGGUUUUCAUCUCUUGUCUUAGCGAAAACACCCACACGUUUGUUUCUUCUCUUAUACUGGCAAAAUGUUGGUAACAGUAGGUGACAUGCAGAUUGUGGAAUUUCAGCAGCUGUCAGGUUGUAGAUUUUUUGGGGGGCAGUAUUCUGUGAGUAUGAGGGAUGUUUUUUCCACUAUACCAACCUGAAGCUGACAUUGGGCAAAAUAUGUGUAGCCCUCAGGUGCCCCACUUGCUUCCCCUGUGAUCCAAGUGCAUAAGGGAGCACUGAUCAGUGUUUUUCAAAGUGUUUGGAGAAAAUGAGUAAUUUUUUUCUGUCCAGUAUGCCCUGAAGUUGCUGAUAACAUUAAGUGGUAAUGUAGCUUAAAACCGAUUCUCCUGUUGUGAAAGUGUUUCUUUUUCUGAAGAAGCAACCAGUGGUGCUACAGGUAAGUUGCUCAUAGCUAAAGGAGAUGAGUUUGUGACACAGAUGUACUUUUGUUCCUGUUCAGCCCUGGUAUCUUUGCGCUGAUCAACAGAAUGUUGCCUGGAUUGAAAUGCCUAUAGGUCUGGAGCAGUAAAGCACCACUGCCUGCUCUUGUUCCUUUCCUGCUGCUUCCAGGCACAGUGUGAGCUGGUGGAAGCAAGGAGAGAUGGAGGAGGGACCUGAAUGCUUUUGCUAAAGUAUAUGUGUUGGGUGUCCAGAGGAUGUUCUCAGUGAAAAUGCUAUAGUAUUCCCUUGGUGGCUUUUGUUUGGCAGUGUGACACAUGCUUAAUGCUGAUGAAGGAGAGCUAUUCCAUGGGGACUGCUGCCCCUCAAUACCAACGUUCUUCCUGUGUUGUGCUGGCGGUGCAUGCCUGCUGGAAAGGAGACAGAAGAACUUGACUUUCAUAGUGCAGGUGGAAAAUAAGGACAGCUCUUCAUCAAGGGAUCUGAAGAGUGCUUCGGAGCUGUGGUUGCCCUGUGCUGUUUCAGCCUUCCUGGAGGGUUGUUGUGCUGGGUUGUGAUGGGCUUGAGUUUCCUGAAUGAAAGACUCCCUUACAUAGUUUUGGGCAGUUUCCUUACAGCUGUUCUUUGUCAUAUAAUGUCUUUGCUUUGUUAAUUGCUGGGUGCCUGAGAGGACUGGAGGUGUAUGGACUGCGGGAAAUCGGGAAGUAUGUUCCCUGUCCAGAGGCGUGAUUGGUGGAAUGGAAGGGGAAUGAGAGCUCUUGUCAAAGGACAUGCCCGUCCUUCAUUGUGAGCAUAGUCUAUAAAAAUGAAAAACGUUUUGUGAAAGAAAAAAAACCAAAACAGAAUAAACAGAGAUGGAAACAGAAGAAGAAGGGAGGCAAACAGAGGAUAUGGAAGAGAAGAAUAAAAAAGACAGAAGGAAAUGGAACAAGGAAGGAGAAGAGAAAGAGAGAGAAAGAGAAUAGCAGAAGGAAAUGAAGAAGGAAAAUAAAAUGAAAUUAAGUACUCAAGUGAAAAGCAAGAAAAGAAGAAGAAAUAAAAGAACAAAAUAAAAACAAAUAAAAGGAAAAGAAAAGAGAAUGGGAAGGAAGGAAUAAGAAAUGGAGAGAGAGGGAGAAAGAAAAAGAAAGAAAAGA